UCUUCACCCAGCAGUUCAUCGAGUAGGUUGGUCUGCACUACUCGGUGAACUACUGAAAAGUAACUCGACCAGUUAACUCGAUUGUGUUUUUGGAUUACGAGAGAUGUAGAUUGUCAGUGUACAGAAGAGCAAACAACUGGAAUCCUGCGAUAACAGAGACGGAAUUGACGCCAAUCCAGGCAGUCCAACAAUUGGAUCGUCAUCAUAUCGUCAUCAACCCAAACUAAGAGAAGCAAUUGAUUCGCCGCGCAUUCCAGAUACGACAAAUGUACUUUGAGGAUUGAUUCUGGCACUGAAAUCUCAGCAGAUGUGAGCUCAAAAAGCGGAUUGAAACUUUAGACUCGACCUUAUUCGGAUGUGUAGCUGCAAUUCCGGUCGUAUUCUGAUCCAUCCAUCCCAACCGAUCCUCAGCGCUAACAAGUUCAACUCAAAAGAAAAAUACACUUCAGUUUGAGAGCUUAGGAAAAAGGCUCUCACUGCAUUCCGAAUGUCUUAAACAAUAAAUUGAUGGGUACGCGCAUCGCCAUCGACCGUACUUAAGAAAGGCUUCUAAUAAGAUGGCCGAGCUGCAACAAUUUAUUUGGCAAAUUAGAGGCUGCUUGAAUAGGAAAUAAGUUAAAGCUGAAUGUACAUAGUUUUUCGCGGACCAAUAGAAAUACAGGUUUCUCCUCCGUGAAGUUUCAUCUCGGAGGCGCACUACCAGCUAUGAUUAGAACAACCAGGAGGAGAAUUUACGACAAAAAUACGAUCUUGAAAAGGUGCAAUUCGAAUUUGAUGUCGUUCAAAAGGAAGUCAGGACCGUUUCCUUCGUCUACGGAAUUCCCCGUUCAUUUCCUUCCAUCUGGCUUCCAUCUGGCUUCCUAAAAGUGUAGUGGGUGGGUGCAAGGCCAUUUUUUUUAGAGUAUAAAAGCGGUGGAUCACAACUCUGUUGGAUAUCUUCACUGCUGAGCUCCAGUUGAGGAACAAUGAAGUCUUCAUCGUUGAUUUAUGUGUUGGCGUUGGUGGCUGUGGCCAUCACUGCUCCCCAGUAUCCGAUCCUUUACCCCGUCGGUUCACCUUUGUCACCUGUGCAGCCUUGCUCACAGGAUGAAUUUGGCCGUCUCAUUCCUGGCGGAUUUGUUUAUCCUGGCCAAGGAAGUAUGCAGAUUGGUUCUUGGCCCUGGGGGCUGAUGAACCCUAUGUCUUUCUACCCCACCGAUCCUCGUUUUAUUGUCUUCCCUGGACCUGGAAUCCCAAUCACCAACGACAACUCCGAGAUCAAACCCAUUGAGGAGAUCAAACCCAUCGCGCCGACCGUUCCAGUCACUGGAGUCACCCCAGCGGAAUCCAAGCCAAGGGAAUGGUUAUCCUCCACUCCAACUGUUGCCUCAAGAUCUCGUUGCCUUGCAGAUUAUCGCAGUCAAAAACCUGAAGCCCCACGUGCCAACGUAGGUUACAUGGUAGAAAGUGACAUUGCCACCCCCCAUCAGUACCCGUUCAUGGUGUCGCUUGUUGAAUUGAACGAUAAAUCCAGGAGAUUCGAGUUAGCCUGCGGUGCAUCUUUGAUUAGUCCAACUAAAAUCCUGACAGCCGCCCAUUGCGUAACCGACAACUAUGCCAAUCUUCUCCCGGCGAGCCAAUUCCAAGUUAAGCUUGGUGUACACUUCUUGAACAAAACGACAAACGACGCCCAGUUGUCAAAGAAUGUCAAAAAAAUUAAGAUCCACGAGGAAUACGGUUUCGAUGAUGAUGGGAAUCCUCAUAACGACAUCGCCAUUCUGACGCUGGAUUCACCCGUGGAAUACACGGACACCAUUUCCCCAAUUUGCAUGGUACCAAAUUGCUUAAACGACGAAAGCGGCCAAGCAGUAAUUGCCAUGGGAUGGGGAGACACGACAGACGGAGGAUCAAAUUCUGAUUACCUGAGAUUCGCGCAACUUUCUACGGUUUCGGACGCAAAAUGCCGGAGAGGUCAUGGUCGUUUUUUCAAUGGCGAACACAUGUUUUGUGCCUUUAAAGAAGGUCAAGAUACGUGCCAAAAUGACAGUGGUGGCCCAUUGGUCAUAGAGAACAAAUCCCGAGAUGACAAGUCAUGUCGUUUUAUGCAAGUGGGUAUCGUCAGCUUUGGAAAAGGCUGCGCCAGAGGCGUCCCCGGUGUUUAUGUUCGAGUCAAAAACUAUUUGCCUUGGAUUGAGAACAACUCAAAAUAAUGCGGAUAACCUGCCAACGAAAUCUUCCGUCGCAUUUGCAAUCCGUGACUCCUUCGACCGACCGACCGAUACGCGCGAUUAAUCCCGAUUGAAUGGCCAACUCAUUUUCUUAUCCCUUUGAAUAUUUUUAAUUACUUUGAUGUCUGUAAUUGGUCUAAAAUUCUAAAAGGCAAUUAAAAUUUUUGUUAGAA